GUUCAUUUAGCUCCAUGUCCUGACAAAGUUCAAGUUUAUGCAAAGCAUGGGAGACAGUGAUGAAGAGGAGAGCUGCAGUAUAUACCCUAGCCUGGUCCCACUCCGUAAUGAGAUCAAGGCCAGGAUGCAGCAGUUUGUGGAAGAAAGGACGGAAGCUAACAUGUGGACGGCCGUGCUGAUUGGAGCUGUGACUGUUGUGUCAGUCGUUGGAGUUGUUGUGUUUCUUCUUUACAGAAGAUACAAACUGUCAAAGGAGGCUGGCGCUCCUCACUAUCGCUUCAGGAAGAGAGACAAGGUGAUGUUCUAUGGCCGAAAGAUUAUGAGAAAGGUUCAGACGCUGUCCUCAGCCCCUGCCUCUAAUUCAAAUUUGGCUUCCCGGCAGAGAGUGAGAAAGAGGACCAAAGUCCUGUCGAUCGCUCGCAAGAUCCUGCGCAUCCGCAGGGAGCCCCCCACCCUGCAGCACAAGGAGCCUCCUCCCUGUCUGCUGGAGGCUGACCUCACUGAGUUUGAUGUGCAGAAUUCCCAUCUGCCGUCUGAGGUGCUGUACAUGCUGAAAAAUGUCAGGGUGCUGGGCCACUUCGAGAAGCCUGUUUUCUUGGAGCUGUGUCGUCACAUGGUGCUGAUCCAGCUGCACCAAGGAGAGGGACUCUUUCAACCGGGUGACACCGACGACAGCAUUUACGUCGUUCAAGAUGGCCACCUGGAGCUGUGCAUCCACGAGAGCGAUGGUACAGAUGCUGUGGUGAAGGAAGUUUUACCAGGAGACAGUGUUCACAGUUUGCUCAGUAUCCUUGACAUCAUCACUGGUUAUCCAGCACCUUACAAAACAGUGUCUGCAAGAGCUGCAGUUCCCUCCACCGUCCUGCGUCUUCCAGCUGCAGCCUUCCAGUCAGUCUUUGAGAAAUAUCCUGAAACUCUGGUCCGUGUCAUCCAAAUAAUCAUGGUGCGUCUCCAGAGAGUCACUUUCCUUGCCUUGCACAACUACCUUGGCCUGACCACUGAGCUCUUCAACCCGGAGAGCCAAGCCAUCUCCUUGGUGUCGGUGGCCCAUGUUUUGGGUGAGGCUUAUCCACACAAAGGCCUCCGAAGGCAGCCUUCCCAUCCUGAUGAUCUGGGCUCCAAAAAAGCUGAUGCAGAUUGCAGAGUUUCAGAAAAGUCCGGCCUCUCUGACACGCCCACAUUCAAAUACAAGAAAUCUCGCUCUCUCUCCACCCCAAUGGCUCUUACAGGUGAAAUGUCAGUUGACCUCAACAGAGUAUAUGAACGGGCUACCCUUGCCAAGGAAGAGACGAUGCCUCACAGUCCUAUGAAGUCUAUUCUAAAGAAGAAUGUGACGAUGCAGCACACUCCAUCUGCUGUUUACCACUAUAGUGAUGCUGGAGAAGGAAAUGUUCACCAUAAUAAGGUUAAUGCCAUUUUCCAAGCUGCCAAAAAGGAUCUGCUACAGGUCAUCCAAAUACAGGACCCGAGUCUGCUGGAGGGGAGGGUGAAUCUUCACCAGGUCAAAGCCGGCUCUAUUGUGGCCCACCAGGGAGACCAGGAUGUGAGCGUGGCGUUUGUCAUCUCUGGGCUGCUCCAUGUUUACCAGCGUAUGAUAGACCGUGAGGAGGAUACCCUGCUGUUUGUGACCCACCCAGGGGAGAUGGUGGGUCACCUUGCUGUCCUCACAGGGGAGCCCCUCAUCUUCACGGUCCGAGCUCACAGAGACUGCACCUUCCUAUCCAUAUCCAAGGCCCACUUCUACGAGAUAAUGCGUGAGGAGCCCAGGGUGGUGUUGAACGUGGCUCACACUGUGGUGAAGAGGGUGUCACCAUUUGUGAGACAGAUUGACUUUGCUCUGGACUGGAUGGCUCUGGAGGCUGGCCGUGCUGUCUAUAGACAGGGAGAAAAGUCAGAUAGCACCUUCAUCGUCCUCAGUGGCCGAUUGCGCUCUGUCAUUGCAAAGGAUGAUGGGAAGAAGGAGCUGGCUGGAGAGUAUGGCCGCGGGGACCUAAUUGGCGUGGUUGAAGCCCUUACCCACAUGAACCGAGCCACCACCGUCCAUGCUGUCAGGGACUCGGAGCUGGCCAAGCUACCUGAAGGAGCUCUGAACUCCAUCAAGAGGAGGUAUCCUCAGGUUGUCACCAGACUCAUUCAUCUGCUGGGACAGAAGAUACUGGGCAACAUGCAGCAGGUCAACGGACCUCUGGCUGCUCGUAGUCUGGCUCUGCACACCCCCACCAGUAAGUGGGAUGCUGGUAAUCCAGCCUCCAACCUGUCCACUGUGGCCAUCCUGCCUGUGUCUGAAGAGGUUCCCCUCACUGCCUUCACCCUGGAGCUGCAGCAUGCACUCAGUAGCAUCGGCCCCACUCUGCUCCUGACCAGUGACAUCAUCAAACAGCGACUCGGCUCUGCUGCUCUGGACAGCGUGCAUGAGUACCGUCUGUCCAGCUGGCUCGGGCAGCAGGAGGACAUCCAUCGCAUUGUCCUCUACCAGUCUGACUCUGGCCUCACACCUUGGACCCAGCGCUGCAUCCGCCAGGCUGACUGCAUCAUCAUUGUGGGACUCGGUGAGCAGGAGCCCACUGUGGGUGAGUUGGAGCGGAUGUUGGAGGGCAGUGCAGUUCGUGCUCAGAAGCAGCUGGUGUUGCUUCACAGAGAGGAUGGCACACCACCCAAAGGGACGGCCGAGUGGCUGAACAUGCGGAGCUGGAUCUCCAGACACCAUCACCUGUCCUGCCCCCGCAGAGUGUUCUCCAAGAGGAGUUUACCUAAGCUGAGGGAGUUGUACCAGCGCGUGUUUGAAAAGUGUCCAGACCGUCAUUCCGAUUUCUCGCGUCUGGCCAGGAUCCUGACAGGAAACAGCAUCGCCCUUGUGCUGGGUGGAGGGGGCGCCAGAGGUUGCUCUCAGGUCGGCAUCCUGCGGGCCCUCAAUGAGUCGGGGAUCCCUGUCGACAUGGUGGGCGGCACCUCUAUCGGCUCCUUCAUGGCAGCGUUGUAUGCUGAGGAGAAGAGCAACAGUCGAAUGAGGGUCCGGGCUCGUGAGUGGGCCAUGGAUAUGACCUCUUACUUUAAGAAGAUCUUGGAUCUGACCUACCCUGUCACCUCCAUGUUUUCUGGAGCUUCCUUUAACUCCAGCAUAAGCUCCGUCUUCAAGGGCAAACAGAUCGAGGACCUGUGGCUGCCGUACUUCAACAUUACAACAGAUAUUACGGCUUCCUGCAUGAGAGUCCACACUGAUGGCUCAUUGUGGCGGUACGUUCGGGCCAGUAUGUCACUGUCUGGUUACUUGCCACCACUCUGUGAUCCCAAAGAUGGACACUUACUCAUGGACGGAGGAUACAUCAACAACCUGCCUGCCGAUGUGGCUCGCUCUAUGGGGGCCAAGGUUGUGAUUGCAAUUGAUGUUGGAAGUCAGGAUGAAACCAACCUGACCAACUAUGGCGACUCCUUGAAUGGCUGGUGGCUACUAUGGAAACGAUUCAACCCUCUGGCUGAGAAAGUCAAGGUCCUGAACAUGGCAGAGAUCCAAACCCGGCUUGCUUAUGUCUGCUGUGUGCGGCAGCUGGAACUGGUCAAAGACAGUGAGUACUGUGAGUACAUCCGGCCACCCAUCGACCACUACGGCACGCUAGAAUUCGGCAAGUUUGAUGAGAUCGCUGAGAUGGGAUACCAGCAUGGAAAGACAUUGUUCGACGUGUGGCAGCGCAGUGGCGUAGUGGACAGCAUGCUUAAAGACAGGCAUCAGGAGGAGUUCCACAAGACCAAAACUGGCCAUGUGGUCACCUGUCCCAAUGCCUCCUUCACUGACCUGGCAGAGAUAGUGUCAAGAAUCGAACCAGUCAAGAAUGCCUUCAUCAGUGAGGAACUGUCUGAUGAAUACCAGACAGACUACGAUGAGGAGGCGGUGGAAAGUGCCCUGUCUGACUUUGAAGCUGUCACCCCCGGCAGUGAAUACACUGAGGGAGAGGAGACAGCAGACACAGCUGAAACAGAUGAGGAAAUUCAAAUCAGAGUUCGACAGCGACUGAAGAAUGCCCCACACAGUCCCAGACCGUGACAUCCAUCAAAGCUGUGACAGGGCUGCUGACCCGGUCCACAGCACACAAAUGUCAGUGCAGUAUGUCUGGCAACCUCUGAGAAAUUCACUGAGUUUACAAACGCGUGGCUGACUCUUAUCCAAUGAGCAGUCACUGAGCAUGCUCGGUGGCUUGCUCAAAAACAUAACCCUAGCCCUAAAACAUGUGAGCAGAAAACUGUUGAUGGAUACAGUGACUUCUUGUUAGGCUCAAACAUUCCAGCUAAUAGAGGUAGAUUUAAUGGAGGGAACAGUCGCAGUGUGUCUCACUGUUUCAGGCAUUGUGUUCAGUAACAGCCAGGAGCCCCCCUCCAUGUGGAAGUCCUCAGACGUCAUACAUCUGGGACAUGUGUAUUCCACACAGGGAAAAUCUACAAAUUCUGUCUGUUCUCUUCGAGAAGCCAGGGAAUAACAAAGAAUUUCACAAAUGUGAUCAUUUGUGGGAAUGCAGUGGUUUUUUCACUGAACGUAUGGACGUCUCUCUGUCAUAGCUCUGGAAAAACAGACAAUAUAUGGAACAGCACAGCCAUGAAAGCCUUGAAAAUCUGGAAAAGAUUAGUUUCUUCAUACAAGCACAUCACACACAACUUAAAAAUCUUUUGACAUAUUAUUUCAUAAUAUGCAGAACCGCUUUUUGGGAAAGUUCUAUUCAUAACUGGUCAGAUUCAUAAAGCACUAUACUGCAACAUUUCACUUGACAGUACAAGCACAGUGCAGAAAGUUCAGAGCCCUCAGUGCGAUGCUGACAUUAUUAAUGCUAUUCAUUACACGCCUGUGCUUUUCCCAUGACACAUCAAAAUAUCUGCUGUGAAAGAGGUCUGUUUGUAAGCACAAACUCAACACUGGACGGACCUGCAACCAGAAAAAUGUGACUUUUUUUUUACAUUAUCACACACACCACAUUUUACUGUGGCUUUCAGUCACUGCACAUACGUUUUGGUGUUGAUGAUUGUUUUGCUAAACUUCAUUGGACUUUCAGUGUCUUCACAGACCAAGCCACCUCAUUAGUCCUUUUGGUUGUUGUUAUGAGUGAUGUCAGUAAAGUAAUGGCUGAGAGCAUGUUUGUCACCACAAAUCUAAAUUUUAUAUACAUAUAUGCCACUUCACCGUUUUCAAGUUGUCCAUCCGUCCCAUUCUCGUGAGCACAGUAUCUCAUUACAUCUGGCACAAACAUCUACUUGGGCUCAGGCUGAAUUGAUUAGAUUUUGGUGGUCAAGGGUAACUCUGACCACACACAACACAUAUUUGGCCAUAACGCAAGAAUUCAUACGCUAAUUAUGAUAAAAUUUCACACAAAUGUCUCAGGAUAAAGUGAUGAAGUGAAGAGGUGAAGGCAACUUCACUGUGUCAUCAUAAAGUUCUGCAAAAACACUUCUCUGGCCAUUAUUCAACACCAUAACUCAGGAACAGAAGGAGAGAUUGGGUCCAUAUUUCACAUUUGGUCAGAUACUGAAUUGAUGACACUAAUCUUGGGUGCCCUCAUCGCGGAUUGCAUCAGGCCCACAAGAGCUUCCCAUCCAGCUCACACAAUAUGAUUGAAUUCAGAAAAUGUAUAUAUCUAACGUUACUAACCAUCAGUGCCAGUCCGUCCUAAGAGUGAUCAUCCAUUAUCUUGCCAAUCCCUGGCAACAAGCCAAAAAAUCAGUAAUUCAUAGUUCACCUGUUCCUGCAGAGACUCGAUUAGAUGCAAGAGGUGUCACGUGGGUUUGUUUUUCUUGGUCAACUGUUGUAUUGAGUCACAAACUGAGUGUUUUUGUUUGCUUCCUGAAGAGGAGUUCUUGUUGAGAUCAGGACUCAUUCAUUGGUCGCUGCACUGUGGGUUUUGUGUUGAGCACUGACUUCCUCCUUGGUGGAGGUCUGAGAGCAUUUUCUAGUUUAGUAUGGAUUUUCCAUGUUUUUAGGAGUCUGUUCACACUGAUAUAGACUGAUAAAAAUAACACUAUUUUUUACUGUUAAGUAAAAAUAUUUAACAAUAAUAGGCUAAUUAGAAUGAAGCAAAUGUAAUUUUAUAAAUUCAAAAGUCUGGCCCCCAGAGUGCCUGCUUAGAAAAACUCUAGUUGAGGACCCCUGCCAACUUGUGAACAGGCUACAAUACAAAAUGAAGUAUGUUUUCUAUUAUGAAGUACAUUUUCUAUUGAUGAAUAAAUAGUUAGUGACACUGAAUAUACAGUGUAACUGGAGAUCAUUCACAGCGAUCCUGUCCCCAGAUAAAUGUGGUUUUAGUUUAAUCGUUGACGAUAACGAUCGUUGUCAAGUUCACACACUAACGUUAAGCCAGAGAGUUUGCUAUCUAUUUUGCUAGUUUUUAAAGUCAUGCUGUAUCAUAGAGUAUGAUCACUAUUAUAAGUGUGAUUAUAACUACCUAACAUUGGUACAAUACUAACAUUUGCACCUGCCAAUUAAUGCAACAUUAUGCCUUUUAUAGCUGCCUUUUGUCCUUUUGAAUCACUAUGGUUACAGGGCCCAUGUGACUACAGGGAUUCAUAGUUUGAAGUUGCUGUACUGGGACUGAAGGGAUGUGCCAUGUUUUUCGUGUUGGUUGAUGCUGAUGUUAAUGAUUUUGUGUAUUAGGGAGUAGUUACCACUAUGUUAAAAUAUGUUUUGUGAGACGUUGCCUUUGAAAAACUGAAAUCCUUAUUUUCAGCUUGCUGUGACUUAUUAUCUAUUAAACAGUUGAUGUGAGUAAUAUAGAAUGAUUAACAAUAUUUAAUUAAUAUUUAGUGAACAAACUGGUGGUUAAUUGUAACAUGUGCUGCUGUGAAAAUUUUGGAAAUACUGAAAGAAAAAGUCCAGAUAAAGUUUUCUAUGAAA